AUGCUGGCGGGCGCGCCGGGCACCGCGGCGGCGGCCGCGGCGGCGUCCGUCCUCGCGCUCGAGGGAGGCGAGCAUGCGCUGGCGUGGGGCGUCGCGUUGUACGUAAUCUGCGUCGCGACGUGGACGCUCGCGGACGCGGUCGGGGCGAGGCUGGUGUUCAGAGGGAAGAUCCCGAGCGUGCCGUGGCGACCCAACCUCAUGUUCAACGUUUACGCCACGCCAAGGCGCAACCUCCUGGACAGGAUCUCGCGCAGGAUGGCCGCCGCGCGGGAUGGGAACGACGCGACGACGAAGCAUCGCCAUCGCCAUCGAGCGUUCGCGACCGUGGUGGGCAACUGCCCUUUCGCGCACGUCGGCGGCGCCGCGCUCGCGCGAGCCGCGCUCGACCGGCAGCCCGUCAAGUCGCCCCUCUAUCGCGCGUUCGAGGCGUUCGCGGGCGUCGGCAUAUUCACCGCGGAGGGCGACGACUGGGCGGCGAAGCGAUCGGAGGUGCUCGGCGCGUUUGCGACGGCGGGUCUCGAGCCCCUCGCCGCCGCGUCCAUGCGCGCCGCCGCCGGGCUCACCGCCGAGAUCGACGCACAGCUGGCCGCGGCGGCGCGCGGGAAGGGGGAAACGCGUCGAUCGCCACUCGACGACGCGGAGAAGGGAGAGGGAGGGGAAGGGAGGGGGGGGGUUGGGCUCGAGGUGGACACAGCUGUCGAGAUGGACAUGCUCCCCCGGCUGCAGCGAGCGACGCUUCGCGCCACCUUCGAGUACCUCGCCGGCGUCGACCUACCGACCGCCGCCGCGGCGGAAGCGGGGGACGCGCUCCACGACGCCACGGACCAGCCAGCGCGCCCCGCGGGGGUUUGGGAGGACGAGUACCUCGCCGCGGCGACGGAUCUUCGCGCCCUCAUCCCAGCCCGCGCGAGGAGCGUUUGGAUGCUCUCCGACUGGGCGUACGCGCUCUCGCCGCUGGGUCGUCUCGAGCGGACCCGGAUCCGCGAGGCGCGGCGGCUUCCGGAGCUCGCGCUGCGGGCCGCGGUGCCCGGCUCGCCCCUCGACCACCUGCGCCGCGGCCCCGCGCACAGUCGGCGGCGAUUGGCGGGACGGAGCGGGGGGUCGAUUUUUGGCGAUUGGUUUCUGGGCUUGUUUCGGGGCUUGUUUCGGCUCGGGUCGCGGGACCCUUUGCUGGACGAGGCGACGACUCUCCUCUUCGCGGGGCACGACACGCAGUCGGCGACGUUGUCGUGGGCGCUGCUUCGGCUCGCGGGCGAUCCCGCGGCGCAGCGGGAGCUUCGCGCGAGUCUCGCGGAUGACCCGGCGGCGAUGGAAAGUCUGGGUUUGGCUGCUGGGGAUAAAGCGGCGUCCGCGUCGACGACGCGGACCGAGCCCGUUCAACCCGCGUGGCGGACGAGCGCGGGGGCGCCGGUGCUCGAGGCGUGCCUCCGCGAGACCCUCCGGCUCCACCCCGUGGCGCCGUUCGUGGCGAGGAAGCUGACGAGCGACGCGGUGGCGAGCGCCGGGGCCGACGGCGGCGACGCGUUGACGCUGCCGGCGGGGUGCGCCGCGGGGGUGUGGCUGCACGCGGUGCAUCGCGACCCGGCCGUCUGGGUCGACCCGGACUCGUUCGACCCGUCUCGGUGGCUCAUCACGGACUCGAACGCGGGGGGGCAGGGUGCAGGGUUUAGUCCCAGGGCGGACUCGAUUCAUCAUUCCCAGGGUUCGAACACUCCCGGGGUUCGCGUUCGGUUCAAGGGUUCCGGGUUCAUGCCGUUCGCGACGGGCCCGAGGGCGUGCGUGGGUCAGCACCUGGCGUGGGUGUACAUGCGCGUGGUGCUCGCCAGGUUGGUGUGCGCGUACGAGGUGAGACUGGCGGAGGGUGAGGGCGAGGGCGAUGCCCUGACGCCGUCCGUGGGGUUCACGGUUACACCGGCGAACGCGGCGAGGGUGCGGCUCGUGCCAGUCGGCGGUUGA